AUGAAGCAUUCUUACAAUUAUACAAAGAGAUUCAUCGAUGAUCAAGUCAAUAUCCUUAAUGAACCGUUUAAGAUUACACCACGAAUGAUAUCAGUAAUUGGUGGUAAUCUAACAGAAGAUCAAUUGAAGCUGAUUUUAAAUAAAAUAAACAAUGAUUUACAACUACAUAAUGAAAGACUAUUCCCAGCACAAAUCAAUAACCAAAUUAUUCUGCAGAUUAUGAAACUUGAGACACAAAAAUUGAAAAUCGUGAAUCAACAAUUAUAUAAACUAAAUGCUUUUGUCAAGCCUAUAAUACUACCUGAUUUUGAAAAUCUAUCUAAUUAUGAUCAACAUGAAAAAUUGAUAGAUAUGAUAGGCAUGAUUGAUGAGUUACCUGAACUGAAAUAUUUAUUUGUAUCAGAAGAUGGAAUUACCAAUGUUGAAGAUGACUAUAGUAUUGAUGAAGAUGAGACGAACAAUGUUGAACUUGAUGACAAUACAAUUCAAGACACGGAAGAGCAAGUUGAGUCUCGCAAACAAAUAAACAAGGAAUUUAUUGAGGAGAUAAUUGAUGAAGUUAAUGAGUUAAAUGAAAGUCCAGAACCCGAAUUAAUAGAAAAAUAUGACAAGUUACGAAUGGAUUUAAUUGAAAUCAGUAAAGCGUUAAAAUACAAGACUGAUAAAAUUGAAUACUUGAACAAUUUGCAACAUAACAUAAACCAAUUGUUCAAUAGAAAUCAGCCACAGAUGAGGUCAGAUUCAAAUGAACUAUAUGAUAGUGAUGAAGAAUUACAUGAAGCUCCAAAGGUCAAUAAUCUACAAAAUAACCUUCAGUUUAAAAAUUCUGCUACCGAGACGCGUAACUUGGCUAGUGAAAUAAAUAGAUUUCGCAUACUUGUGGAGCAAAUAUCAUAUAAGGUCAAUACUAAAGGUAUAACUGCAUCAGAAUUACGUGAUAAACUACAAGAGUUAAAUCGCUAA